CAUAGUCUUACAAACGGAGCUGUUGCUGUCGGUUUAUUAUAUCAGCUUUUCUCUUUGACUCUUUGUUAAGGCUGGUAAGAAAACUUAAAAAAGAAGGUUGGAAACACGGAGGUUGACAGGUCAUGUGACUUAUCUAACGCUUGUGCGCCAAGGUCGCUCUGUUUACACUGAAUAACACAGUGAUGGCGGAAGGUGGUAAGGUCAGCGUUGAUGAUGGGAAAUCUACAGACGCUGCAGAGGAACGUCAAGUCAGAUCUGGUGACUUAAAAGUGAAUUUAGCUGAUGAUAUUCAGGCAGACGUUCCGGCCGUUUUACCGUCAGAUGGUACAUCGCAAUUUGAUGAUGCAACCUUAAAAGCGAUGGCGGAGGUGUACUUGAAAGAAGGUGACAACGAGUACAGCAAAGGAGAAACCAACAAUGCAGUACACUUUUACUCGGAGGGACUGCAAGUGAACUGCAAAGAUGUCAAACUAAACGCCAUACUCUAUAGCAACAGAGCAGCGGCUCAGCUCCUUCUGGGAAAUUGGGAAGAAGCUUUGGAUGACGCUACAGUGUCUGCUCAAUUGGCACCAACUUUCAUUGAAGCAAUAGAAAUCGGGGCCAGUGCAUGUGUACAACAACACUUGUAUCAAGAAGCCAUUACCUGGUGUCAGAAAGGAUUGGCAAUUAACAACAACAAUAAGAAGUUACUUGAUUUGUGGACCGAGUGUGAUAAUCAACCAACUGAUGGCACAGAUGAAACGAGAAUUAAUCAGGAAAUUAACACUAACCGUGACGAUACCAAAGAGAAAAUCGAGGAUAUACAAAUCAACGAUCAGCUACCUCAAACGGCUGUCCAAAAGAUCCUCCACUAUGCGAACAAUUUGCAUUUUUCCAUUGAAGUGGGGGACAAAACUGGAGAGGGAAUCAGUCACUGCAAUCUCGGCAAUGCAAUCUCGGCCAUCCAGUAA